AUGCCUGGUCACCCGGGCUGUGGCACGUCCGUCAAGGUCAUGUUUGACGGCCUCCUGAUCGACAUGGACGGAACCAUUGUCGACUCGACCUCAGCUGUGAUUAAGAACUGGAAGGUGAUCGCCGAGGAGAUCGGUGUGAAGGCUGAUGUGAUUCUAAGGAGCUCCCAUGGCCGUCGGACCAUGGACGUCUUUGAGGAAAUCGCUCCAGACAAGGCUGACUGGGAACACAUCAAGAGCAUAGAAGGCAGACUACCACGCCUGUUCAGUCAUGAGGCUGUAGAAAUCCAGGGGGCUCGUAGCGUCCUGUCUUCACUUGUCGAGAACGGUGCCUUCUGGACCAUCGUCACCGAGGGCACUGUCCCGCUGGUUACGGGGUGGCUAAGCGUUCUGAAUCUGCCGCAGCCGGUGCAUCUCAUCACUGCCGAGUCAGUUGAGCGUGGCAAACCUGAUCCCCCCUGCUACCUCCUCGGCCGUGAGCAUCUGUGUCUCCGAGAGCCCUUUCAUAGGGUCCUUGUGGUUGAAGACAGUCCUGCUGGGAUUCGGGCUGGCAAGUUGGCGGGCUGCAAGGUUCUUGGCCUCGUGACGAGCCAUACUCUUGAGCAGAUAGCUCAGGCCGAGCCCGAUUGGAUUGUGAAGGAUUUGGAGAGCAUAAAAUUGAAAGAGCAGACUGGAGGCAAAGUGAUGAUUGAGAUUUCGAAUGUCCUCUAUGUCUAG